UGGGCUGGUCCAGCGCGGAGGGACCACAGCGAGCAGUAUGACUAAAAAGAAGCGGGAGAGUCUUGGCGUUGCUCAGGAGAUUGAUGGGCUAGAGGAAAAGCUGUCUCAGUGUCGGAAGGACCUAGAGGCUGUGACCUCCCAGCUCUACCGGGCCGAGCUGAGUCCUGAGGACAGGAGGUCUCUGGAGAAGGAGAAAAACACCCUCAUGAACAAAGCCUCCAAGUAUGAGAAGGAGCUAAAGCUGCUUCGACAAGAGAACCGGAAGAACAUGCUGCUCUCGGUGGCCAUCUUCAUAGUCUUCGCCCUGCUCUAUAUUCACUGCACUAUGUGAGUCAGACCUCUUCAGCCGAGCAAGUUCCCCUCCACUCCCUAACCAGGGACGGAGCCGCCUUUCAAGCUCAUGACAGAGGUGGGGCCUUUCCCCUUCGGUUGCCCAGCAGCUGUAGCAGAAGGGCGUGGUACUGCUUCCUUCUAUUGCUUAGUAGAGGGGCAAUAAAGAGCCCCAGGCUCUGCUGUCUAGUGAGUAAA